AUAGCUGAAAAAUACAAAUUUCACACAGGCAAUCAAGAAGAAGUUCAGUCCACUCAUGACCUUUUGGCUAAGUUACAGAGACUAGCUGAAACGGGUGAAUUAGGUGAAGAGAUAUAGACUAGUGUGUGGUAUAACUUCUCAGUUCAUUAGAAGAAUGUGGUUAAGUGUGGCAGAUUUGACCUUAAAGAAAGCGGUGGACAUUGCUGUUAGCAUGGAGUUGACCAACAAGGAAAUAGCCAAGAUUUCUAGUAAAGCUAACCCUGUCCAAAAAUGGGAAUUGCAUGUUACGGUUUUCGUUGCAGCAAGCAGGCAAAAUGAUUUGCCACAAAAUUGUUUCCACAAAAAUUCUGAGUGUCAGAAGUGUCAUAGAAAAACACACAUUAAUCCACAAUGUCCACAAAAGAUGUCUGCCACACCUUGAGCUAAAGGGAAAUUUCAACAACCGUAAAUUAAGCAAGGGAAGAAAAAGAGAAAAGAAUAAAAGAUAAAGUUGUUAGGAAAUGACAGCAGUGCUAAAAGGGAGGCCUCUUUGCAGGAGGAUGAAAAUUCUAGUAAAGAAUAUCAUGCUGAAUGGCAAUGUUUACUAUAAGUAAUCCCUCUAAGGGCAAAUCAGAUUAAACUGAUUCCACUUAAGAUCAAUCACAUUCCUUGUAAAUUGGAGUUGGACACAGGAGCAGUAGUGACUGUGAUCCCAAAAGAAAUAUGGCAGAAAGAUUUGGGGGCAAUUCCCUUCAAGAAGUCUAAUGUGACACUGAGAAGCUACUCUGGUCAUUCUAAACCAGUAAUUGGGGAAACCACUGUCCAAAUAAAAUACGGUGCCCAGGAAUCAUCUACGCAUUUCAGUUACUAA